AUUUAAUAGAUAAGUUAGUUUAUUUUUAUUGUGCUCUACAUUUAAUUACUUGUUAAUAAGAUUGUUAAAUAAAGGUUUAUUACAAAGCAAAUUGAAUGUUUAAUGGGGAUAGUUCUUUGAUACGGACCCUGCCGAAAUGACAAUAAUGAAUUAAUGACAUUUGAAACGUCAGUUUGACAGCAUGCCCUGCUUGUCAAGCUCGAGCGUGUGUUUAUAUUUUUCGAAAAUAAAUGUUUCCUUUACCUACCAUUCUAAACAAAUUAACAGUGUGUCCAUUUGUUUGAAUAAUUAUUAAAGUCAUUUUGAUGUUCUUAAUCUUAAUUACCAAUACAUAGUUGAUUGAAAAUGUCGGGUGAUGCGACGGCAGGCGCGUCGCAAGUGGUGCUGGUGACGGGCGGCUACGACCACACCAUCAAGCUAUGGCAGGCUCACAGUGGCGUUUGCUUGCGGACCAUGCAACAUCCGGAUUCGCAAAUAAAUGGCCUAGAAAUAAGGCCCGAUGGCCAGAUGGUGGCCGCAUGCGGAUACCAGCACAUACGCAUGUAUGAUCUCGCUAGCACCAACCCAGACCCUGUUAUGAACUAUGAGGGUGUAAGCAAAAAUGUUUCUAGAGUUGGAUUCUCGGAAGAUGGCAAAUGGAUGUAUACAGGAGGUGAAGAUUGUACAGCUAAAAUUUGGGAUAUAAGAGUGGGCCGACAGUUCCAAUGCCAGCGAAUCUUCCAAGUGCCGGCACCGGUGAACGCUGUGAUCAUGCACCCCGACCAGACGCAGAUAAUGGUCGGCGACCAGAGCGGCAUUAUCCACGUGUGGGACCUGCGCACCGACCAGAAUGAACAGCUGAUACCAGAAGCGGAAGCGUCGAUCCAGGACAUCGCGAUCGACCCGGAGGGCCGCAUGAUGGCGGCCGUGAACAACAAGGGCAGCUGCUACGUGUGGGCGCUGGGCGGCGCGCCGCCGCGGCCCGUGCCGCGCAAGCACCUCGUCGCGCACAAGAAGUACGCGCUGCGCUGCCGGUUCAGCCCCGACUCCACAAUGCUCGUGACGACGAGCGGCGACUGCACGGCGCGCGUGUGGCGCACGAGCGACUGGGGCCUGCAGCGCGAGCUGCGCCACGACUCGCAGCGCUGGGUGUGGGACUGCGCCUUCAGCAACGACGAGCGCUACCUCUUCACCGGUUCAUCGGACAGCUACGCGCGGCUGUGGGACCUGGAGAAGGGCUCGCUGGAGCGCGAGUACUGCGGCCACCAGAAGCCCAUCACCGCGCUCGCCUUCCGCGACCAGGCCGUCUAGGCGUCCUUGUCGCUCAUAUCCGAAGCCUCUGAACGCACGCCAGACGUUGGGUUCACCAAUUUAUGAUAACCAGUGUAAAAAUAUGGGUGCACGUAUCUUACACUAAAAUAUUAUACGUUCCAUAAGCUCUUAUGUCGGCGAACUCUUUGGACGUGUGCGCGUUGUCCACAAAUGAAACCUGAUACCUUACGCGAGCGGCCUCAGUGUCUGCUGCACGGUCCAGGUUACAAACAUUUAAAAGCCAUUGUUUCAAAAAUAUAUUUACUUGACUCUAAGACACCCGCGUAAAUAUAUUUUUGGAACGUUGGUUUGUACAGAUGUUUAUGAAUUCGACUAUACAGAGCACCUGACUUCUUCGCGAUCCUCAGAACCAGAAUAGCCUCAUUCUGAAAGGCUAUUAUAAGCUCCAAAAACGAAAUCCUAAGGACGAUCAGUAAAAGAGAACCCAGAUAGUCAUGUUUUUAGGCAUUGACAACGAGAACCGGAAAUAAUAAUAUUGAAAUUUAUUUAUUAUUAUAUUCAUUUUUGUUUAAAAAUCAAACUAAUUUUUAAGACGUCUAUGGGUUUUUUGAAUGCAAAAUAAAACAUUUUAUUAUUAGUUUAAAUUUAGUGGCCUCAAAAUUGUAUGUAUUUUUGUAUUUAAUUUUACGACUAUAUGUGACCGCGGCCGGCAAAUCAUCCCAAGAGAUUGAUCUGUAUACCAAUACCAAUAACCUGUCCAGGCGUCCUUAUGGCAAGCGACAAAGUGGGACGUUUUCCGGCCGCAGUCUUUCUUUCUUCCUCACGUUGUCCCGGCAUAUUGCCACGGCUCAUGGGAGCCUGGGGUCCGCUUGACAACUAAUCCCAAGAUUUGGCGUAGGCACUAUCACGUGUAUAUAAACUCUGAACAUAUAUAUUCUGUUUUAUAAUAAAAUCGAUUUAAUAAGCUGAAUAUAAAACAAUUGGUGUAUUUUAAAUUACAAUAUACAAUACAACAUAAUACAUUUUUUUAGUUGGUUGUUAGUAUUGCAUAUUUUGGUUUAUAUAAUAUUUCAUAUUUUUUUAUAUAAUUAAUUUAAGAAGUAUAGCAAAUUAAGCUAUCCACUGCCGAUUAUGGAAACAAUUACGUUGUACAGGCGAUGUACAUAAUUAUUUAGAUUAUUGUGCCAUGCACUGACAUUGUACAUAUUUACAAUAAGAUUGAAUUGUUAAGUUUUUUUGUAAGUUCCUACACAAUAAAUGUAAUUAUCAAAUAACACA